AUGAUGAUGAUCAGUGAGAAUACUAUCAAUUAUCUCUCGCCAAACAAAACUAUGCCCAACUCCUAACUUAGACCUUCUUCAAGGAAUUAAACAGCUCCUGAUAUUACUAAAUUUCAAAAUUCUAAAAUUGCCCUUAAAGGUCGCAGAUCAAUCAUUAAUUACAAUAGUAACCAGAUGAAAGAGGGCAGUUAGAGCUAUUUGAGGAAAGCGUCAGCGACUUUGAAUCAAACUAUGGGCACAGAAACUGUUAUGACUUAGCUAACCUCUGAUGGCUCGACUAGUUACUCCAGACCUACCACGGCAAAUCUGUGGAGAAAAGUAGACUCUCGGAAUAGCAACUAUGCUAGCACUACUAAGCAAUAGUUCAUUACUUAGGGCGCUACUUAGAAGAACCAGACCAAAAGGAUUCAGUUAUCACCAAGAAACACAAGAGAAAAUAAUCACUCAGCACUUAAGCAAAAUGACAACAGUUUCUAACUAAAUAGGUUGAACAUUACUGAUAUUAGUGAUAUCGCUAACAAAUCGUUUAACUCUGCUAAUAAACCAAGACCAUAAACAGCUGCAAACAUUGAUAAAAUGUAAGUACCUUAUCAGAAAAUUAACUUCAAAUUUAGACCAUAAACAAAUACUUAAAUCCAAUAAGCAUAUGAUUCCCAGCCAUAACUAAGCCUAUCGAAUUAGCAUCGAUAUAGAUAGAUAAAGCCUAGAAACAAGUCUUUGUCUAAGAUGAACAGUACUUUUAAUACCAAGAGUUCAACUAGGAAUAACUUACUUGAUAUUACUGAAUUUGGAAUUGAAUAUUCUCAAAAUAUAUUCAAUCCUCAGUUCAAAGAUCAAUUACUUAAGCAAUAACAACAGUAAGCCAAUAAAAUUCGCUAGCAGUCUACUUCUGGCUAGAGAUCAAGGCAGCUAUAAUCUGCUAAGAGACCCAUUUCUACCUUAGUGAGUAGUAAGCCUUCUAGGUAGAAUAAUUUUAUGAUGAGUGAUGCAGGCUAUGCAGAUUAAAAUCCCUAUUCACAUACAACAACAACUGUCAAAAAGGUAAUAAAGUAGAAUAUACCUUUAAAAUAAAAUGAAAAAGAGAAUAUACUCAGUGAGAAGAUGGGCUAAAAGCUUUCAAAUCUUACUGAGAUAGAGAAUCAGAAUUUAUAAGAUGAGAUAACUAAACUUAGGACAAUAGAGGAUAUGCUAAUGGAAACAAUGAUUGGAGGGAAUAAUAAAUCAAAUGCCAACGAAUGCUAAGAUCUUUUGCAGAAAACAGACAAGAGUAUCAAACUCAUGCAAUACAAACUUUCAAAAAUGGUGUGUGGUGGUAUAAAUUAAACUCUUCUUAGUUAGAAUGCUCCUGUUAAUCUCGAUCUUAUUGAAUCCACUCCAAUCUAUUGUAGAGUAUACACAUUCUAAAGAGAAGCACCGCUAAGGAUAAAUAUUGAAUUUAGGGACAAAAUUGAAGGGGAUUUUAAAUUGUACAUUUCCGAUACAUCUAAUGAACCAAAUGAGUCAAAUAGCACUUACUAUUUUCAUAAUCAGACAAAGAUCUUAGUAGAUCCAAAAAGAACUACUGCCCCUACGAGCCAUAGUGAGGCAUUAUAGAAAGCAAAAAACAAGGACAAUUCGAGACGCUUUCAGUGCAAUUACUUAUUCUUGAAUUUCACAUCUUUAAGAGGAUGUAGUAUCAAAGUACAUACUAAAUUUCCUAGAGAGGAUGAUGAUUAUGAUAGUAGAAAGAAACAUAAAAGUAAUGGAGGUUCAUAGGUUAGAAAAAUGCAAUAUCUCAUUAGGGAAGAAGUUUAGAAUAGGAUUAGAGAUAUUUAAGACAACCCUCAUGCACUGGAUGAGAUUAAAGAAAUUAUAUCUAAAAUGAAAAAAGACAGAAGAGAGAGGCUUUUUGGGAUUUGCAAUACUAAUUUCAUGAUUCAAAACACAACUAUUAUUGAAAAUUGGGAGUCCUAUAUUAACAGUCAAAAUAAGAAAAGAUCUUUGUCUAUCGAGAGAAUUAAGGUUUAUCAGAAAAAGAGACAUGUUAUGGAUAUCAAAAAGCUACACGAAAGAAUUUAAAGAAUGAAUAAAUGGGAAAUGAUAAGAGAGCAACGUAAGUUUGAUGCCUAGGAUAGGGAAAAAUUACUUAUAAGAUAGGAGAAAAAUAAAAAGUGGAUAAACUAUUUAAAUCUAACAUACAUCAUACAUUCUAUGUUCGAUAAUUUUAGAACUAAGAGAGCAGAAGUUAUGCUAGAGUAACUUAGAUAAAGAAGUGCUAGGAGAAUUUAAAAUUGGUAUAAAAUAAACUUUAAAUCUAUAGGCUUGACCUAUGAAGUUAGGUUAGCAAGAAAAGUAGCAAUGUAAUAUAUUAAGAAUUUGUAAUAUUAUGUUUUUAGGGCUAUGAGUCUUAUCGGGUAUGUGAGGAAUGAGAAAGUAGAAGAUAAUGCUCAUGAUACGAUCUUCAAAUUUUUGACUAAUAAAUCUGAAGUUCAUGUUUUAAAGAUGAAGUUCAUUCAGUUUUACAAAACAGGUAAGAAUAUGUCGCACUCUAAUUUAAUAGUGCAAAAAAUUCAGAACUCUUGGAAGGAAAGAAUGAUUUUACUGCGAUACAAAAUUGAUUUCUUAAUUUACAUUUGGGAUAGGGAAAAGAGUAUUAUGAACAAGCAUUACUAUUUGAAGUCUAAAAAGAAUAAAAAGGCAAAGAACAUAUACAAUAAAUUAACUUAGAUUGAUAACUCUAUCAGAGAUUCUCUUAUUAAGGAAUACUUUGAAAAAUGCCGUCUUGAAUUCACGGUUUAAUUUUUUGAGUCAAAACUUGACUAAAAUCCUAAAUUUGUAUAAGAGAUUACAAAUAGGCUUGAUGCAAUGAGAGCAUAGAUCAAGAUUAAAGAGGAAAAAAUUUUCCAUGGAGUAAAAAUGGACGAACCAUUAAUUGACUAUGAGGAACCCAGUAUAAUUCAUAAUAAGGAAUAGUAGAUAUCUGGCUUGAAUUCAUCAAAAGACGCUAAGAAGGGCAAAAAAACAGGCCAAGGAUUAAUUAAUAAAAAAGAUCUAUAGAGUGAAAAGCAUUAAAAAUAGGGCAGUUUUAGCAAGAAACCUAAUCUUAAAGGGAACUAGGUUAGUGUACAACCAGAGUUUUCGAAGUUCAAAAAGCAUUCCUCUAUUUUACAUAAAGAGCCUCAUUUUAAUCAGAUCGUAGAUAUUCAUCAAGCUGUUCUGUUUCUCAAGUACAUACCUAGAAGGAUUUAGAUGCAAAGAAUGAUAAGAAGGGCUAUGAACUCUUAAAACCUAGAUUUAUGA